GGUCUCAUCCUGCCCCGUGUGCCCCAGGCACUGGUGGACCACGAGCGGAUGGAGAUGCGUCGUGGCCGCAGCCAGCUGCCACUCUCCACCAACACCUUUGACUACGCCACUUACCACAGCCUGGAUGAGAUCUACGCCUUCAUGGACCUGUUGGUGGCUGAAAAUCCCAACCUGGUCAGCAAGCUCGAGAUCGGCCGAUCGACGGAGAACCGCCCCCUCUAUGUGCUUAAGUUCAGCAAAGGGGGAAUGAACCGCCCGGCUGUCUGGAUCGACACUGGCAUCCACUCCCGUGAAUGGGUGACGCAGGCCAGCGGCGUCUGGUUCGCCAAGAAGAUUGUCCUGGAUCAUGAGAAUGACAACAGUCUGGCCUCCAUCCUGGACAAGAUGGACAUCUUCCUGGAGAUCGUCACCAACCCAGACGGCUUUGUCUUUACCCAAACCGAGAACCGCAUGUGGCGCAAGACCAGGUCCAGGCAUCCCGGCUCCACUUGCGUCGGCGUGGAUCCCAACCGCAACUGGGAUGCAGGUUUCGGAGGGCCUGGGGCCAGCAGAAACCCCUGCUCGGAGACGUACCAUGGACCCUACGCCAACUCGGAGCCUGAGGUGAAGGCCAUCGUGGACUUUGUGAACAACCAUGGGAACAUCAAGGCUUUCAUCUCCAUCCACAGCUACUCUCAGCUCCUGCUCUACCCCUAUGGCUACACCAGCACCCCGGUGCCUGACCAGAAGGAGCUGCACCAGGUUUCUGAGAAGGCGGUUGCAGCUUUGUCUUCUCUGUACGGCACGAACUACAAGUACGGCAGCAUCAUCACCACCAUCUAUCGAGCGAGCGGAGGAACCAUCGACUGGACGUACGAUCAGGGCAUUAAGUACUCCUUCACCUUCGAGCUGCGGGACACGGGGCGCUACGGGUUCCUGCUCCCUGCCAAACAGAUCGUCCCGACCGCCCAGGAGACGUGGCUGGCGCUGAAGGUCAUCAUGCUGCACGCGCGGGACCACCUCUACUAACCGGGACGGGGGGCCGAGUGGUGGUUGAAUUAGCUGUGGGGGGAAAAAUGCAAUAAAUAAAUG